CACCCUCUUCCUCCUCCCAUUCCCUGACCUCUUUCCAUCCUCCCAGGCUCAGCCCUCUCACUCCUCCAGGACAGCCUCAGUUCUUAGCCUGCGGGAGCCAGGAACCCAGGUGGGAUCAAAACUUCAGCCCCACGAUGGUGACCACAUCGCUUCAUUGGUUGCCGGCAUUGCUGCUGCUGCUGCCUGACUGGGCCCUUUGUAGCCAAGAAGACUCAGAUGCUCCUCAGAGCCUCCACAUGCUCCACAUCUCCUACUUCCCCGACCCCUCUCAUGUGAGGCACCAGGGCAACGCAUCCCUGGGGGGGCAUCUGACCCACACUCUGGAAGGCCCUGGCAGCAACAUCACCAUCCUACAGCUGCAGCCCUUGGAGGAGCCAGAGAGCUGGGCCCGCACGGAAAGCAGCCUGCAGCUCUACCUGAGCCAGUUCCAGACCUUCGUGCGGCUGGUGCACCAGGAGCGCAAGGGCAGUGUCUCCUUUCCUCUCACCAUCCGCUGCUUCCUGGGCUGUGAGCUUCCUCCGGGGGGCUCCAGUGCCCAUGUGUUCUUCAAUGUGGACUUGAAUGGGAGUUCCUUUGUGAGUUUCCAGCCAGAAACAGCCUUGUGGGUGGCAAGUCCCCAGGCCCCCUUAAGAGUGGUCACCUACACCCUCCAGCAGCUCAAUGCCUACAACCGUACUCGGUACGAACUGCAGGAAUUCCUGCAGGAUACCUGUGUGAAGUAUGUGGAGAAGCACAUAGCCAUGACAAACAGUCAAGGGAGCCAAACAGGCCGCUCCUACACUUCGCUGGUCCUGGGUGUCCUGAUGGGCUGUUUCAUCAUUGCUGGUGUGGCGGUGGGCAUCUUCCUGUGCACAGGUGGACGGCGCUGUUAAUUACACCCAAGUCCUUUCUUAAGAAAGGGCUGGAUUGACAGGGGCUGGCAAGAGAAAGGUCUCAGCUCACAGAAAGCCAGACUCUACAAUUGAAACCCCUAUUACGAAAAGGCUUGAAGUGAAAGCUCCUUUUGCCUCCCAGAUCUGCUCACCAAGAGUUUGGGAGAGGAGACCUAGGGAUGCUAGGUAGACCAAGAAACUUGGUUUGCUAAGAACCUAAGAACUCUGUAUGUGUUGUUGAAUUGGCUUGAGAACGGAAUGCUUACCUAUUUUUGUGGAAACCAUGGUGAAGGCGAAUCACGGGGCACUUACAAAGACAGAAUUACGUGAAGCAUUCAAAGCAUAUAACAGUAAUAAUAAUAAACUAAGUUGUUCACAGCCAAAAUAAACAACACUGGGUACUUCCAUAUGUGUUUGAGUUAAGAGGUGAUGCUGGUAUGAUUUGGCGGAUAA